AUGUCCCGCAAAGUGACGCAGGUGUCGGGCAUUCUGGACGUGCAUGUGAUGCAAGCGGAGGGACUAAAGAACGUGUGCUUAUACGGACCCCAGGACGUUUACGUUAAGAUCCUCUGCGGCACGCACGACGACUCGCAGGGCCGCGUCGCGCUGCACACCAAGACCGUGAAAGCCGGCGGCUCGAACCCCAUAUUCAACCAGCGAUUACAGGUAGGCGUGCAGGAGCGCCACGUGGAAGUGAAGUGCGAGAUCUGGGCGGCGAGUCACAACCGCGGCACAGCGGACGACCAGCUCAUCGGCUUCGUACACGUGCCCAUCUACAAAGAUUCUUCCGACAAGGCCAAGGGGCAGACUAUCCGCGAGUUCCCCCUCCGCCCAGUAGACGGCGACGCGGGAACAGCCUCCGCGGGAGUCAUCCGCCUUGCGCUCUCCUACCAUCCGCGCCCGUCCUCUUCCGCCGCCGCGUCCUCGUCCCUCCCCAUUCGCGGACCGCCCGGCGGAGGCAUCUUGGGCCGCGCGCUUUCCGCUGCCUUCUGCCGAAUCGCCAGCGACAAAGCCGGCGCGGGGAGCAGCAAAGCGAGCGGAGCGGGCGGAGCGGCGGCGGCGGCAGCGGCGGCGAUUCCCGCAGUGCCGGCAGCGGGGACGGGAGUAGCGGGGGCGCGCGGAGUCGUUGCGGCAGUUGGCGGAAGCAUUAGCGGGUGGGGAGAGGCCAGCGCAGCAGGGGGCGGCGGCUUCGGGGGAAUAGGGGGAGGAGCAAGCGCAGUAAGCGCAGUAGGAGCAGGGGCAGGGGCGCAAGCAGUGGCGCAAGGGCAUUUUCAGGCGCAAGGUUCGGGGCAACCGGCGGCGGCUCUAGAGGCGCAAAGUGCAGCCCGUGGGAGGCAAGUGCAAGGCGGGUCGCGGUUUCCGCAUCUGCAGUCGCAGCAGUCGCAGCAACCGCAGCAGUCGCAGCAACCGCAGCCGUCGCAGCAGUUGUUGUCCCAGCAGCAAGGAAUCUUAGGGAGCACGCUAGGAGGUUCAGUAUCGUCCGGUCUAGACUUAGUUCAAGCUUUAAGAGCAGUUGCGGAGGUCGAUAGGGCGGGACUCGUAGGCGCGGGCGGAAAGAAGAAGGCCAAAUCCGGACCAAUCAUAUCCGGCGGAAUGGAAGUGUAUGGCGGAGCGGGGAGCGCGGGGAUCGGCGGAACUCUGGCGGCAUCCGCGGGGCUCGGCGGAACGUUCAGCCCCGGGUUCGGCGGAGGCACGGCGGCCGGGGGGGCGAACAGCAGCGCAAGCGCGGGGGGAAUGUUUGGUGGAGGCAUGGGGAGAGGCAUCGGGGGAGGCAUUGGCGGGGGGAGCGCGCACGCGCACGCGUUGGCGCAGCAGCUUCCCCACGGCAAGCCCAAGUCGAAGUCCGGACCGCUGCAGCACGUGGCGGAAGGGGGCUUGGCGGGGGGAGGCAUGGGAAGAAGCGGCCCCGCGACGAGCUGGGUAGGUCUGGGGGGAAGCGGGGGGGGCGCAGGCGUAGGCGCGGGCGCGGGGGAGCUGCUGGCGGGCGCGUUUGGCGGAGGGGGGAUCUUCGAAGGGGUGGCGGAAGGGGCGUGGGGAUCGGACGCGUCUGUUCUCUCCGCGAUUCUUCUGCGCGACGGGCUGCUUCCGCCGAGCGCGGUGGGGCUGGCGCAACAAGCGGCGGAGGGAGGCGGAACGGCCGGCGGCGGCGCAUCUGGCGGGGGAGCGGGAAGGGGAGGGGGGAGAAGAGAAGGGUCGCUGGGGGCGAAUCCGCUGCCCGCGCGCUUCGCAGGGCUGUGCAGUGUGGGGGAAGGGGAAGGAGCAGGGGGGGAAGCGGGAAUGGCAGGCGAAAGUGGUGGGGGUCCGGUAGCAAGUAGCAGAGGUGGCUUGAGUGGAACAGCAGCGUCAGGCGGAGGAGGAGGAGGAGGAGGGGGGAAGGUAACUGGAGGUGGGAGUGCCGCCCCUCGCGUUCCUCCCCUGUCGGCUGUUGCUGCAGCCGCGUCUGGCGCUGCUGCUGCUGGUUCUUCUAUGCGCUCGCAGCAGCACCGGCAGCAGCAUCACCACAGAGAGCAGCAGCAGCAGCAGCAGCAGCACCAUCAUCAUCACCAUCAGGACGGUGUUACUGCUGCUGCUGCUGCUGCUGUUCCAGCUGCAAGCUCGGGCAUGGGCCCCAGCGUCCUAUCUGGCAUACCGCCUGGGAUUCCACCUGGCAUGGGCGGCCACAGCCAGCUCUCCCCGGAGCUGCUCACUCUGUGGGAAACACCUGACGCUGUAGCCAUGGAAGCUGCCUGGUCGCCCCCCCACGGCCCCUGGCAGGGAGUGUACCAUCAUACCUCCUCUCUAGCCGGCGCUGCUUCCCCCACUGGCAGCGCGGGCGGCGCGGGGGGAAUGGAAGGAGGGGGGAGGGGGAGGGAUGACGGGGAGGGGAGCGAGCAGAGCGCGGAGGAGGUUUCGUCCACGCAGAAGCGGACGUGUGGCGCGGACGGGGGCGCGGGGGAGGCGGGGAGGGUGGGGAUGGGGGAGGAGUGCUGCGCGGAUGGCGGGUUUGGGGGGGAAUGCGGGGGGUGCGGGGAAUGCGGGGGGUGCGGGGGAGGCGGGGUAACCGGAGGAGGGGGUGGGGGAGGGGGGGGGGGACGAGUGCAGCAUGCAUAG